AUGGCUUCGGAAGACUCCAGAGCUAGAUCCAUUUAUAUAGAAAACCUGUCUAAGGACAUAACAAAAGAUGAACUGGCGGAAGCAGUGAAGGUCUUUGGGGUUGCGAGGCCAUCUGACAUUCAGAUUAAAACUUUUCGAAUGGAUGGAUUCUGUUGCGGAUUCGUGCUGUUUGAAUCUGAAGUUUCAGCUAAAAGUGCAGCAGACGCUCGCAAGCUCAAAAUUAAAGGUUUCGAUGCCCGAAUUUCGUUAAAAAGAUCUUGCACCAGAGGAACAGGUGGAGAAUUUCGCUCUAGAAACUUGAGAGGCCAAGAGAAAGGGGAGAUUCCUUCUAACGGGAGCUCUUGUGACGAUAAUGGUGGACGUGGUUAUUACCGUAAAAGCAAAGAAUUUAGUGAAAGGAAUAGCGAAAGCAGCGAUGGUCGAAGAGCUUAUGGAGGAGAAGGGCAUCCCAAGAACAAGGGAAGGAAUAGAGGAGGUACAGAAUGGAGGGGGAAGUAA